AAUUUACACAAACGAAUUAUGCAAUUUAUUUCACUGGACAGCAUAUAAAAUAACACAUCAUAGGGAAUGUCAUAUCCUCUCCAGGGUCAAAUGCAACAUAUUCAUUUGUCAAUGCAUGCAUUUAUUCUGUUUUCUUCUUCAGUUUGUACAUCGGAUGAUUAAAAAGCUUUGACCUUCAAACCCCUUUCUGUAGAACAUCGUGCAUUCCGAAUGGAAUGAAUCGGGGAAAACAGGCGCUAGAACAAACUGGCCCACCGCAAUUCCUUAAGGGUGUUAUUUUCGCGAGAAAAGAGAUGUCACAGUGGAAUAAAGGUUGACAUGCACUCCGCUGCUGUCGCUACUGCAAACCGGCGACGCUGCGCGACUGUGCUCGUCCCUGACAGCACUGUUCUGGCAGUCAGGAGGCGUGGUCGGAACCCCUCGGGGGCGGGUUUGAAGCGUUGACGUCAAUGGGAUUGGUUAGAUGACGAGCCGCAGCUCCGCCCCGAGCGGGUCGGGGGGAGGGAGAGAGGCUGAGCUGAUCCCACGUGUGACGAUCGCAUUCCCGGCUCAGUGAGAUUCUCUUAGCGGCGCUUCGCGUAGCUUUCGCUCUGUCUGUGUGUGUGUUUGUUAGUUACUGCCUAUAUAGUUGUGUUAGAAUAUGGAGGGAGACGGGAGUCAAGUAACAUCUGGAGGCGCACAUGACUCGCAACACGACCCGGGUAAAAUGUUUAUCGGCGGCUUGAGCUGGCAGACUUCCCCAGAUAGCCUUAGAGACUAUUUUAACAAAUUCGGGGAAAUUAGAGAAUGCAUGGUGAUGCGAGAUCCCACAACAAAACGCUCCAGAGGUUUCGGGUUUGUCACGUUUGCAGACGCAGCCGGCGUGGAUAAAGUGUUAGCGCAGCCUCAUCACGAAUUAGAUUCCAAGACGAUUGACCCUAAAGUUGCGUUUCCCCGAAGAGCCCAACCCAAGGUAAGUCUUGCAUCAUGCAGAACGUGUUUCAUUUCUCCUGUGCAUGUUGGAGGCCUCUUAGCAAGUUAUUACAGCAAAGUUGGACACUUGUUAAAAAAUGUGUACAGUGUGUUUAUUUUUACAUAAUGGUGGGUGUGCCCU